AUGUCAACAGUCCCAGUCAGUGAGGGACCGCCGUGUUGCAGGUACAACCUGGUGCUGCUGCUGGUGACUUACGUACUGCCGGUGGGCGCCAUGGUGGGCUGCUACAGCGCGAUGGGCCGCGAGCUGUGGGGCAGCCGAUCCAUCGGUGAGAUGACGCAGCGGCAGGCGGACUCCAUCCGCUCCAAGCGCAAGGUGGUCCGCAUGUUCAUCGUGGUGGUGGUGAUCUUCACGGUGUGCUGGCUGCCCUACCACGCCUACUUCAUCUACACGCACCACGACCGCGCCGUCACAUACGCCAAAUACGUGCGCCACCUGUACCUCGCCUUCUACUGGCUCGCCAUGGCCAACGCCAUGGUCAACCCCCUCAUAUACUACUGGAUGAACGCAAGAAAUUCAGAUACCCUAAAAUAG